CACGUAAAAAAAAACCCCCACAAGUGACGUGACGACCGCAACGCGCGAGCCGUAGAACCUUCCUGCGCCCGCGCGCGCCUAGCCGUUGACCCGACCCAGUCCGGCGACCACCCCUCCCUUCCCCGGCGCGUCACACACCCCCGGCCCCGACCGACGCGCGCCGAGCCGCAACGGCGACCGCGCUGGGCUACUGCGGCAGCGAGCACUGUAUAAAACCCAGCCGCCACCGCCCGCCCAGCGCCCACAACCCAGUCGCGCCGCGAGACCCAACGCGCGCGCUCCCUUCCUCCCCCCACCCGCCCCUCCCCAAAUGGAGCGGCCGCACCAAGCUGCUGCGGCGGUGGCUGUGGCCGCGGAGCGGACCAUGGAGAUAUACGACGCCUGCUGGUUCCGCCGCCUCGUGCUGCUCCCGCCCCCCGCCCCCGCGGCGGCGGCGCCGGAGCGCGAGGCGGACCGCCCGCCGGCGGGGCCGGUUCCCUCGUCGAGCCCCACGGCCCCCGCCGGCGGCGGGCUGCGGCACCGGCGGACGCGGAGCGACGAGGCCACCGCGGCCGCGUUCCAGGGCCUGGAGCCGCUCAGGCUCCCCGACAGCGGCAACCGCGCGCGGCUCGACACCAUCCUCUCGGGCAAGGACGGCCUCGUCGCGGCCGCGCCGCAGCCGCCGCCGGAGAGGAGGAGGCCGGAGGCCCGGCGGCCUGCCGGGAGCGGGCGGCGGCGGCGGCGGCGCGGGCGGAGCAUGUCGGAGCUGGAGUUCGAGGAGGUCAAGGGCCUGCAGGACCUCGGCUUCACCUUCUCCGACGCCGAGGUGGACGCAGAGCUCGCGUCCAUCGUGCCGGGCCUGCGCCGGAAGCGGUCCGAGGAGGAGAACCGGGCCGCCGCAUCGGCUCCUGCGGCGCCGCGGGACGCGCCGUCGUCCUCCGCCCUGCCGGUGGAAGCCGCCGCGCCAGCCGCCCAGGCGCCGAGGAGGCCGUACCUCUCGGAGGCGUGGGACGACGAGGAAGAAGAAGCAGAGGUCAGGAGGGCGCUGCGGAACUGGCGGAUCCCGCCGCCCGGCGACGGGAACGACCUCAAGGAGCACCUCCGGAUGUGGGCGCACACCGUGGCCUCGGCCGUCCGGUGACGCCCGCCGCCGUGAGCAGUGAAGGCCCAUCCCAGGUCUUCCCUUUUUGAUUGAUCCACAAACACACCAUUAGUGGUUGCCAAGUUUGGUGACAAAAUCAAGUGUAAAUAUCUCAGCGACGUGCUUGUACAUCAUUUCUUCAGGUUUUGAGCAUCUAUCUAGUAUUCUAGUGUGUAAUAGUCUAGAACCACGAAAGUGGAAAUCUUUUGCAAGAAACAAAAGGAAAUGAACACGUGAAAAACUAAAGGAGAAUGGAAGAAGAUGAUUUCAUCUGGGAAAUGAGAGAGAGAUCUGAUCUGAACUAUUCCUAUCA